AUGAAUGAGGAUCCAGAUCGACCACAACCAUCGACCUCGCUGAGAAAUGAUGAAAUUGUUCACCUUCUCGACGUUCCCUACGGCAGUGAUGAUGAGUGUGAUGAGGUUAUCGAUGAAGACAAUAUUACAGAUGACCAGAUCUUCGCUCGGUUGGAUGAGAUUCUCGAUGACCGUAAUGAUGAACUUCAGCAACAAAGAUCAAUAGGUGAGACUAGCGUAAUAUUACCCCAGGAAGAAGAGGCUUCAAUUGAAAUAGUGCAGACAGGCACAACUGUGGACAUUUCAACUUCAAAUAAGUAUAAGUCCCCAAUGAGACCUUCUUUGUCUGUGGAUGAGCAGAUAUGUGCCACAAAAACGCACCACAACAUGAGGCAGUACAACCCUCGCAAACCACAUAAGUGGGGAUAUAAGCUGUAUGUUCUUUGCGAUGACAAAGGUUUCUCCCACCAAUUUGAGAUUUAUUCAGGCCAAACUCAGUCUAGACUUGCCAGUGAGCCAGAUUUGGGAGAGACGGGAAAUAUAGUGGUGAGGCUCUGCAGAAAGGUUCCCAGAAAUGUGAAUUACACAAUAUAUUGUGAUAAUUUUUAUUCUAGCCUUCUCCUGUUUUCUUACUUGAGAACUCAAGGUAUUUUUGCUUUGGGAACUUUUAGGAGGGAUAGGAUCCCCAAUAUUCCAUUUACUGAUAAAAAAGAAGGAAGAAAAGAGUCAAGAGGAACUUCAGUGGAGUUCACUACUAAUGUCAACGACACCAAAUUGUCCAUGGUUUCAUGGAGGGACAAUGAUUCAGUGAUGUUAGGAUCAACUCUGUGUGGUGUAGUCCCAAUGGAAAGUAUCAAGCGAUACGAUCGAAAAGCCAAAAAGUACAUUGAUGUUCCAUGCCCACAAAUUGUCAAGGUAUACAAUAAGCACAUGGGAGGAGUGGACCUCAUGGACUCUCACAUAGGACGACACCAUAUUCGACUUAGGAGUAGAAAGUGGUAUUUCCGAAUGUUCUACCAUAUGGUGGAUAUGGCUGUAGUAAAUGCAUGGAUAUUGCAUUCGACUCUUUCCGAGACUAAGGGAAUGACUCAAAAAGAGUUCAGAACUGAUUUGGGGGUGACACUCUGUAAAAUAGGAUCUGUGAACACCCCUAAGCGAGGAAGACCUUCCAAUGAUUCCACCAUCUUUGUUUGA